GUCGUGUUCAUAGAGUGCAGUGUACAUGCUGGAAUGGCAUGGCGUGUAGUGAGAAUGAUGAUAUAUCACAGUUUGCCAUAAAACGCGAACACCAUCGUCUUGUACAAAUUAUAAGAAAUGUUCACGAACAUCUGAGAUAUGCUUAUAAACAAGGACAUGAUGCUGAUGAUGUAUGGAAAGCACAUUGCAGCAAUCUGUCAGAACGUCAAGAAUAUGCUCAGGCAAUGCAGAAACUUGCAACUACAAUGUGGGCCAGAAAUAAUACUCGAAUUGAAUGGUGUCUGGAGGCAUGCAGCAGGUCAUAUUUCUCUGGUGGUGGACUAGAAUAUUGGAUAAAAAAAGAUGCAAAGGAUAAGAAGACUCCUUCAUUUUCAACAUCUUGUGAUACUUUCAAUUUUACAGUUGUACCUCCUCUGAAAGAAAAUAUUUUGCUACUAGAUGUGGGGAGCUGUUACAAUCCAUUUAGAUGUUUCAAAGAAAUUGUACCAAUAGCUAUUGACCUAACUCCAGCCACCCCAGAUGUUUACACUUGUGACUUUUUGAAAGUCUCGGUAGUUACUCAAGAAGACUCUAGAUGGUGGCAAAAUCAGCUUAUCAGCACUGAGGAAGUGAAAGAGUUACCUGGAAACACUUUUCAUGUUGUUAUCCUAUCUCUUGUUCUUGAAUACUUACCCGCUCCUCAUCAACGAUGGACAUUCUGCACCAAAGCCUAUCAGUUACUUCAGUACAAUGGUUUAUUACUUAUAAUUACACCAGAUUCGAAACAUCAAAAUAAAAAUGCUUUAAUGAUCAAAAACUGGAAGAGAGCCUUAGCAACCCUAGGGUUUCAACGAAUUCUGUAUGAAAAACAAACACAUCUUCACUGCAUGGGCUUUCGUAAAGUUGAAGGUCCAGUGAUCCUGAAAGGAUUGCCACCUGUGGAUGAUCCAGCUCAGUUACUCUACAUACCACAAGAUCUUCACAAUUAUAACAUACUAAAUGCAGGUGAGAAAAACAUAGCUGUUGAGAGGAAAGAGGAUGAAGACAAUGAAAUUAGUGCAUCUUUUCUAGAAUUGCCAUUUGAAGCUUGAAAUUGCUUGAUGUAAUCAUAGUGUUUAACUAAACCUUUAAAUAUCCAAUUUUUUUUUAGUUUUCUAGUAGGUAUAAAUCACAUGCAACUGUUUUUUAUGCAACAAAAAUCUGGUAUUGUUCUAAUGGAGAUAAAACACAAAACAUUAAAAAAGAUAUUUUUGUAAUUUAAAUGUGUGUUUUUACAGGUGAAAGAGUUGGUACAUGUGAAAACAAAUUUAAUACAACAUGUAGAAAAGUUAAGUACCGAUGUUGGACUAAUAAUUUAAAUAAUUAACAUUUAACAAUAAUUCAAUAGAAAUGUAAUUUUUGUUAAAUAAAAUUGGGCAAACAGACUACCAAUUUUUCUACUGUUUGGCACUUAGAUAUAUUUAUAAUUCAAGAAAAUUUGCUGUUUGUGUAUUUUUAUCAGCCUAUGCUUUGAACAGUGUUGUGACUGUAUAAAUGCCUUUUACAGAAGAUGAAAGUCCUGUGAUAGUGGUUUUAAAAGUAUGUAUAUUUUUUAAGUGUGAGAACAAGUGAUAGGGUUUGACUGUAUAAUUCCCCAUAUAUUCUAUUUUCUUACAUUAUAUUUGUCAGAGUAUUUUGAAUGUUUGUAUUAAACUUGUUAUAAGAUCAGCCCUGUGCAGCAUGACAAUUUUCAGUACACUGAAAUAAACUAACUCAGAAAUGUA